UGUGCUCCAUGCCCCUGUAAUCAGGUAAGAAUGGUCUCAAUCCCUUGAGCCCGAGUACAGAGGAGGCGAGGGAUGCCCCCUGUGCUCCAUGCCCCUGUAAUCAGGUGAGAAUGGUCUCAAUCCCUUGAGCCCGAGGAAAUAUCUCACCCCCAAACAUUACUGCGGACUUGUUUGUUGGAGAACUGCCGCAUUUACGAGAAUUGUCAUCCCUGGCACCUCUGCGAGUCAGAGCUGAGUUGGAGGCGAUAAUGAGACUUUCACUCCCCUCCCACAUCCUGUCCGAGGCGAGGCCCAUGGGUGCCACCUGCACUUCGGCUGCCGCACGAUCACCGGGAAAAAAGUGCGAUGCUAUUGACCAAGAAUGCUGCGUGGAUAGGAAACCGCCAGCACAUGGUCACUCCCGCAUUUCCGGCGCCUUGAGAUUCCCUGUGAUUGGUUUGCUGGGCUUGGCGGGCGGCCAUCACGCCUUACUAUCCGUCAGUUGGGACCUUCUCCCCCCCAAAACAUCCGCGUCCUGUUUGUCUGACCCAAAUAUACCCCUGGACGAGACGGGUGAGGCAGGCCGGGGUCUGCCGAAGCCCGUUCUGGGAGGUCACUUCCUUGAGUGACAGCCGGCAGUGAGAGCGCAUACCUGCCGCCUCUGCCGCGCCUCUGCAGGUGUAGAGUGUGCGCAAGUGUGUGUGGUUGUGGACUUACGGUGCGCUGAGAUCUGCCACAUCAACAGCAGCAUGACGCCGUUUCACCUGCUGCCACUUCUUUGUGGCUGCCUCCGCGGUCCAAGUACCGUCAUCAAGCAUCUCAGUGGCGUCAUCUAACCCACCAGUGAUGUCAUCCACAAUACCAGUAACGUCACCGCCGGCUAUCAGGGGCCCGCCGACGGAGGAGAGCACGGCCGACUCCCUGUUUGGAUCAGUGGCCAGUCUGCUGUUGCGCGGGAUCGCCGUGGCGGUCAGCCGCGCCCGCCAGUCCAAUGUGACGUCACCUGACGACCGAGUGACACCGCCGGCCCAACUGGUGACGUCAGCGGCUCACCUGUACGACAAGCUGACCUCGCUCGUCGACCAGCUGCGACCGGCGCUUGCCGAGGCCCUCCACGGCGGACUGAGCAACACUAGCCCAAUCGAGCCCCGUCGUGACGUCAGAACGCGGCGUGACGUCACGAGUCGGAGUGCGUCUCGAUCCGGUCGGGUGCUGGGCAUCUUCAAGCCGAAGCCGCCGCCGCCGCCGCCGCGCUUCCCUCCGGCGUACCCGCCGUACGCCAGUCCAGGCUAUGCGAAAGCCGCACCCGCUCUCGACAGUGGCGCUGCCGGCGGCGCUCAGGUGUACUACGACUACUCCAGGCUCCGCAACGACGUGUCAUACUACUCGUCUGUGCUGGAGGUCGUGUUCACGCUGAUGCUGGCGUUGUUCGGCGUGCUGCUCGUGCCAGUGCUGGUGCCGGUGUUCACCUCUCUGGUGGCACCCAAUCUCCUCGCCGACCUCCUUGACAAGCUGACCGAGGUGAAAAUGUAGCUAUAGACCACUGGACGCCGCCAGAGACCAGCCUCAGUCACAGACCCUGCCUUCAGUGACCAAUGAGAAUGGUAGUGUUUUGCGUUUCGGCAACACAACUGGCGAGAGGCACUCCAUGGCGAAGGGGGGGGGGGACUAGAGCGUCCCUCCCGACCGCUCGGCGCAUCUUGUCUUACGCAUGAACUGGCCGGGGCGAACAACACCGGAGCGUGGUCAGACAUGACCACCAUCGUCCCGACGUCACCGGACGUCCAAAAGCCAAUUCCACGGCCGGCGUGAUCAAAGGGCGACAUACACCGCAGGUGGCAGCUUCGGCGGAAAAUAACCCACAAGCCGGAGGAUACAACCAACCACGGACGAGACGGUGUCGUCGCCACCAACCGGGACAGCUAGUUCAUGCGUGCCGCUGACAGCGGUGCGGCAGCGAGCGUCAGUAGAGUACGGUGACAAAACUUUCGGCAUCGCUACCGAGUCGCCAAUGAAAUGUCUGCCUCUGGACGGUUCCAGUUCCGCCAUUCAGCAGGUCAGCAGGCGCCCUAGGACGCACCGAUGUUGACAUAUGACAAAGGAGUGUAGCCAAGCCACCGAUCCGCUGACUAGCGCGGAUCUGGACAGUGACGAGAACGGCAAGGUUUACGUUUGUGAGCAGUGUUUGCAUGUAUACAAGACGAAUACAGAGCAGAAGAC